AUGGCGACGUUCGCCAUUGCUGGAAUUCGCUUCCCCGCCUUGCAGGCUGCGUCUCUUUUGCCGUCGACCGCGCCAUACUUCCGAUCCGUUCAUCAUGGGGAGAGGAGCAGAGCAAGCCUGUCGUCUUCUCGUGCCGUGAGGAGGGACUCCUCUCCCCGCUGUGAGCUCUCGUCUUCUCGUACUUCUGCCUUCGUGAUUUCUUUGCCGGCGUUUUUAAUUUAAACCUCUAAUCGUGGUUUCCGAUUUUUUCAACCUUGGGCACCAACAUCGACCCCAAUCUUGUGCGUCAAUGUUGUCAAAUUUUAAAUGGAAAAUCUCGUAUAUUCUGUCACAACACUCUUCUGCCGACAUUCCUCUUGGUCAUUCUGUUUUAGGGACGAGUAGUGGUAACCAACGGGAUGAUGUAACCAUUUUGGGAUUUCAGACUGGUAAACCGGAAAGUUCUUGAACAAAAUAAUGCUGAUAUCUGUCGAUUUUGGCUUUCUUUUUCCAAAUGAACCGCUGUUCCGAAUGAUCUCGCAUCGAUGAGUAAGUGCUGUCUGGUUGUUUUCUUCACGGCGUUACUAACAUGAUCCAUGUGCGUCUAGGGAAGUUGUUAGCGGGUAAUCCUUCGUAUGACACUGAGUCGGCGUCAACAACUCUAACCUCAGAAAAUGUUCCAGUCCCUGAUGUACAAGUUGAUGACCCUUCAACCUCUACAACUACAAUUGAGGAUGGAGAAGCUGCGUCUGAUGACCUUCAGGUUCUCACAAAAUUAUCUCGUUUUCGUAUUCUGGAAUCAGUUAUGUCUAUACUGAGGCAGUCCUUUUGGUCGAUUCCCUCUCGAUUGUUAGAGCCUUUUACCUUCACGUCAUCUGCAAUUUCUAGUGUUCCUCCUUUUUUUUUCUUCUGUCUUAUUUUCAUUUCGCAGUGCUUCAUGUACUGCAUGGAACAUAGCAUGAAGCAGGUGAUUUCGAGGUCUGUCCGUAAUGGUCAUUGUUUUAUUUAUUUUGCAUAUUUAUUUUUGGAUUGGAGAGAAAAGAUGUGUGUUUGGAAGAAUGGGUGUAUCGGUUCCCAUUCAGUUGAAAGGGUCCACUUAAUGGCCUGAAAACUCAUAGAAAAAUAUUGAAUAGUUUGGUAACAGGUGGUCGCACAGAGGGAUACCUUAGACAUAACAGAGGCUCAUCGCAAGUCUUUUGGUGACGUUUUAGUCGAGGCGUUCUAAAACUGAGCCUGCUUUCAAAUUUAUAUAGGCCUGGAUAUUGUGAUAUGUAAAUUUACCGAAAGAAGGAAAAGUUUGAUGUUUGAUAUCUGAUCAUCUCUUAUGUGCAACACGUGAUUACUCGGGGUUGUUCUGUGACAACUAAAAAGUGUUUCAUCAUAGCUUUCAUCAAUGCUUGUUCUAGAUCCUUGCGUUCUCAAAGUUAAGGACAGAGACUCAUGCUGCCAAGUUGACUCGUCUCCAAUAAGGCACAGGCCACCCUUCUGAUACACGUUGGUACUGAUUUUUUUAAUUGAUUACAUUGUAGUUUUCUACUUUUGAGUUGUUACAUUUUUUGUUUAAUGGCAGGUAAAUUCGAACUUUUGAUUACAUAUUUAUUACUUUAAUUUCAAACUUUUGACCUUUAUAGUGGAUUAACCUAUAGUUUGUCUCGUGUUUUUCUUAGGACUAUCCAUGCAUGUACGCCCCUCAUUUUAGUUUUUAUAUUUAAUGAGUACAUAUUUCUACCAACUAGAGAAAAAGGAGUAUUCAAGUUCCUGAUAGAUUUGAUCUUAUUUGGUCUCGGAAAUAAGAUUCAGUUUUUACAUAAUCCCCUGGCUCUUGAGUAAAAGUUCAAGGUUUAGGUACAUUCUACAGUGACUAUUAGGUGAGUUAAAAUUUUGAAGUUUUUUAAUGUAUAAGAAAUCAUUUUAUUUUGUUUCACUGUUAAAACCAAUUUUCCCGAAACUUAUCCAAGUUUCUCUUUAGGUAUUCCAAGAUGGGCUUCAAACAGAGGAUAAGGCUGAGGCUGAGCAAGAGUCAGUUACUUCAGAACUGACACUUUUAGAGGAAGCUGACCAAGAAGAAGACCAAGCUGAUGAAAGUGAUGAAAGUCUCGAGACAAAGCCUAGAAGUGUGCCUCCUCCUGGCAGUGGACAGAGAAUAUAUGAAAUUGAUCCGAUGCUUGAGGGUCAUCGUGCACACCUUGAUUACCGGUGAGGGAUGUUUCCUAGAACAUUUUAAACGAAUCAAACAGCUUGAUCCCUAUUUAUGGUACCAUGUAGUGCCCGCCAAAGAAAUUAAGCUUUAAUAAAGCUUUUGCGAAAAUGUCAUCAUUUGACCGAUUCAACAUUUCUUUCUUUUAUCCAUUAUUCAUCAAGGCCAUAGGCAUGAUACUUCUGGAAUUGGCCAAACCAAUAUACUAUUUUUAAGGUUACUAUCAUUCUUUUGUUUUACAGAAUUUUCAGUUUUAUCUCAAUGGUGUUGUUGUGUGUUCAGAUAUAGCCAAUAUAAAAAAAUACGGGAACAGAUUGAUGCUUAUGAAGGAGGGCUGGAUGCAUUUUCUCGAGGUUAUGAAAAGUUUGGGUUUGUCAGAUGGUAUAAAUUUUUCCUCAUUAGACUUGUUAUUGAUUUAACGUGAUUAAAUAUUUUCUACCUGUUGCUUUAUAGGCAUUUUUAGAGACAUUGUCAGUUAAAUUUUCAGAUACACUGUCACGCCUUUUAAAUUUAGGAUAUCAUAUCUAAGUUUCGUUCGCCUUUUAUUUCAAUUCAUGAUAGCUUUCUUUUAUCAUAAGUUGCUACCAUUGGAAGAACUAUAAUGUCAGGAUUUAUUUUUUCCUAAUUAUCUUCUGACUGAUCACUACUUAGAACUAGCAUUAUUUUUCAGUGAAACAGGGAUCACGUACAGGGAAUGGGCUCCUGGGGCAAAGGUUCGUAACCAUUCUAGAUUCUUCAUUUCGUCAUUGAUUCAUUAUUUGCCACCUGCUUCUGGCAUCCUUUAUUUGACAAUGUAGCACAAAUAUUAUACAUAGGAGCUAAAUUUGAAAAAUCCUUAUAAUCCUUGGGGCAACAUGUGAUUAGACAUGGAAACUCAAAAACAAGGUCCAGACUAGGUUUUCCGGCUGGCAAUACCCAUUAAUACUCCUGAAAGUAGGCAAUGUGGAUCUACAAGUUGCUUCAACUGUAUCUGUCAUAGAAACAGAAUCUGCCUUCCUUGUGGGAUUUUCUUUCUAAGAAUAAUAGUCCAUUAUGUCCCUUUGGCCAUAUGAAUGUCUUGUUUAUUUAUGUUUUUCAGUGGGCUGCGCUGAUAGGAGAUUUCAAUAAUUGGAAUCCAAACGCAGAUGUUAUGACGAAGGUAUGUUCCAUUUACCUAUUUCCAUCCAUAUUUUUUUCUAUUCGUCGAUUCUUGGAUAUGUACUUAAAUAUCAUUUAUGUAGUUGAGGUUUACUCAGGUCACACUUCUUUCCUCUGAUGCAAAGAUGCAGAAAUAUGGCAUUAUAAUGUUGUGCGUCUGCGUUUGAGAGUCCUAAUUGACAGUAAAAGUUGCAUUAUAAUGUGCAUUGUCUCUAUUCUUCAUGUUGAAUAUACUCGAUUUUUUCAAAUAUGCAGGUCUCUUCCCAUCUGUCAUUAAUAACGUCUUUAUGCUUGAUCUCUUCCGAUUUGCUUACAAAAAAUGAAUCACAUCUCCUCAAGUAGGAUUCGAACCUAUGACUUAACUGCCAACUCCUCUAGCACCGACCUAGUGAGGAGCAAUUGGUGAUUCAAUCCCAUAAAAUCCAACUAACGGUUCUCAAUCAGCGUGAGCUGAAGCUUCCUUCGUUUGAAGUUCAGUACAAAUUCGGUGGCUGUAAUCUUUUCUUUGCUAAGGUUUUCAUUGGUUUCUUGUGAACAGAACGAGUUCGGUGUAUGGGAGAUUUUCUUGCCAAACAAUGCAGAUGGUUCUCCCCCGAUCCCACAUGGUUCUCGAGUAAAGGUGUAAUGACUGAUGUCUUGCUUCUUGUACGAGAGCUUUUCCUUAUUGAGUCUGUUGUUUGUUUCGUUGAUCACAGCGUUUAUCUCAAUAUCCUUUAACUUCUACGUAUAAAUUUUGUCUCCAAAAAACGGCCUUCGGUUUUGUUUCGUCUAGUAAUAUGACGUUAGCAGGAACCGACUUAUGUUCAUGUUUUUUUAUUGGUAUUGGCUUUCAAGACACGCUUUUUAUAACCUGCUCCUGAUCAUCAUGGUUUGAUUCAUGAUUAUUACAUGUGGGAAAAUUGCACAUCAGCUCACUUCUUUGAAAUCAUCAAAAGAACAAUUCGUGAUUGCAAUCAAAUGUGCACGUACUUGAGUAAUUUAUUGGGUCAGUUUGCAUGCACACGUGAAAUAAUGCAUUGUGCAUCUCUUUAGAAGACCAAGAGGGGGAAAAUCCCCCUUUGCUUAUAACGUAGAUGCCCACUGUAUGAAAAUAAAAUAAAAUACAAUGUGAUAUCUAUCUAUGAAACGAAACAUCACUGGAUACUUGUAGAGCUAAUCUUUGAAAAUCUAACAUCAAUAGGUCAGAGCUGGACGUGUAACAAAGCUUUCUGAAGGGAUGUAGAAGAGUAAAUGUUGCCCUUUUACUGAUUACGGGACUUAUAUUAAAGACCAAACACUAGUAUUCUUUCCAUGGGAACCCAUAAAAAUUCUCGUGCACUUGCACGGAUGGGGGGUGCGUCUGAUAGGUGAUUAAACAGAAUCUGUAACCCCAAACUAGCAUGAAUCAUUUCCUAUUGACCUCAUUUAGGCUGUUGACGCUAGUUUUAUCUGUUAAAUGUUUAUGUAUGGGGGAAUCAAUCAGUCACUCAUCCAUGAAAAUCGGAUUUGAAGCGGAUGCCUUUGAUGUAAUAUAUCGAUUUUAAGACAAAAAUUCUAACAUUGUGGCUCCUUCAUCAACUUUUGUCUUACAGGUAAGUUUGCAAUUUAAAGUAUGGUUCGAGAGUAAUUAUUGCCUGCCGAUGACAGGAUGAUGGUGACAUUUCAGGAUCCGUGUUUUCAUAGUCUUCCUUUUUAUCAUCUGUCUUUUGCAUUUUUCGAGAAUGACAUGAGAUUGGAAGGCAUGUAUGGAUCCAUCUAAAAUUUCCACUAGCCUGCUGCAUAAUGAAACCUGAACUGGCCACUAAAUCUUUUGAACUUUUACAUGUUAGGACUGAAAUUGUAGUGCAUUGUGUUGUUAAUUACGAAGUUAAUUUUUCUAGAGAAUUCCAUUAGUUGGCAAACAUUUUUUGUCAGUAGUUACAGUGAUGACAAAGAAAUAUCAUCCCAUGAUAUCAAGGACCUAAUUAUGGAUGGAUUCAGUCUCUUGUUUACGCACUUGUUGUUACUUAUUGCAUUCACUAAAAUCAGAGAACUUCUGAUCAUCACUGUCACAUAGUACAUCAUGUAGCUAAAAUUGAAGUUAACUUUAUUUUUGUGGUCAAUAUAUUUUGUCAAAUCAAUGUUAAAAAAAUGACAUGCCAUCUAUUAUUGCUUCUGAGUAUCUUGAUUAUGGAAGAAAGUUUUAGUUCCAUGGAGACCAUUGGAUAGUCAGAUGACUGUAUGAAACAUUAUAGAUUUCCUGUUAUGAAAUUCAGAUUACCUGUUAUGGAGUUCUGAGCGUUAAUUACUGAAACUUUCUUCAUCUCAUCAUCUUAAUUUUGAUCGGUAGAUACGAAUGGAUACACCAUCUGGCAUGAAGGAUUCAAUUCCGGCUUGGAUCAAGUUUUCUGUGCAGGCUCCUGGCGAGAUUCCAUAUAAUGGGAUAUACUAUGACCCGCCAGAGGAGGUGUAUCAUCUUAUCAGUUUAGUCGGACAUGAAUACCCUUCGAAACCAUUUUAUAAUGAACUUGUCUUUAACUUUUUUUUUUUUUUUGUAAUUUGAAUCAGGAAAAAUAUGUGUUUCAACACCCACAGCCAAAGAGACCCCGAUCGGUGCGAAUUUACGAAUCCCAUGUAGGGAUGAGUAGUCCGGUACGUGUCUAUAUUUCUACUGAGAAUUUAUUUAUCACAUAUUUGAAUGAGUAACAUGGUGCAUAUCCAUCCGUCUGUGCCCUUUUUAUGUUGCAAAUAUGCCUGAAGAAUAGUUAUUUUAUUGUAUUUUUUACUAUUUUUACUUUUAAGCUAAGUAGGAAAACUUAUUUAUUCGCUGGGGGGAGUAACAAGCAAUCCGCAUGGUUUCAUAAAACGGCAACAGAUUUCUAUUCCCUGUAGAUAUUUUCCAGUUUCACUCGAAUUUAUUCACAGAAUUGUAUUCUAAUUUUUAGUCGCUGUAGUUUAUUAUUCAAGUUUUUGAUCGGAAUGCAGGAACCAAAGAUCAACACAUAUGCCAACUUUAGAGAUGAAGUGCUUCCUCGCAUUAAAAAGCUCGGAUACAACGCUGUACAGAUUAUGGCCAUUCAGGAACAUUCAUACUAUGCUAGUUUCGGGUAUUGUACUUUUGCAACUUUGAAUUUUUUCUGUGUAGACGAUAUUUAAUUUCUAUGUUGCGUAAUGAUUUAUAGACCACUGUAUCUUUUGUGAGAAGUUCAGUUUUUUUUAUAUCAAUGCGUUCAAAAGUAUAUAUUCCGAUUAUUUAUGUGGUAAGUUUCAAAUUUGGUCCAUCAUUUGCCGGUUAUUGGAAUUGAAGCUUAAAUUAUUUUUCAACAAAUGAUUGGAUGGUAAGCUUUUGCUAGAAUUCGCGUUUCCCCUGUUAAUUUAUUCUACCCUUUAUUUCUCCUGUGCAUUUCUUUUCUGCAUUUCUUCACGUGGAUGGUUAGCGAUGUAACCACUCGUGUGCAAGCACGGAUCUUCAAGAUCUUGAAGGACAGGCCUGUACUUUAUAUUUAUUAAUUGUUCAUAUAUCUUCGGUUUUGCAUCAUUCGGUACAAUGUUCAGACAGGUUAAUCCUCUGAUAGAAUGUGAUCACGUUCUGCUUUAAUGUAUUGUAAAUGUCUUGCGCAUAAGAAAUCACAAGAAGAAAGAACAAAGUUGUCUAAAUGUCUUGAAAUGUUAUGUUAAAGGAGAAAUUCAUGAGUUCAGCUUUAUCCCAACCCAGACAACCUGGCACGUGAGAUUUGAAUAUGAGCCCCGUCUGACAUUAUUUAGAUUGUCAAAAUCUUUACUAAAUUUCUGUGUUUGACCUCGUGAAAAUCGAAUUUUCCAUUAUAAACUUGCAUUUCUGUGCAUCAGUUAUAAAGACCUUUUGUUGACUCCAUAAGAUUUAAUUUUUUUGUUGAACCUUGCUCUUACUAAUGUUAAGGCUCUUACAUUUUAAGAUUUCAUUUUAUAGCACAUGAUUUUCUUAAGUUUCUCUGGUUGUAUCAAUAAGAACAAGAAUUUCUGCAAUUAGAAUAGAUCAAAGGUCUUUGUUUUUGUACUGUCAGUCGCCGUAACAAGUAAUAAAACAUUUAAUGUUACUCCAUAGCAAAACGUUUUUUCUGUUGCCUGGUCCAUGGCAAAACGUCAACCAAUGUUCAUUUCUGUUUGUUAUAGUUUGGUUGUAUCCUAAAUAAAACUUGAACAUUGUACUUCUUGUCUGGCUCCUCGUACCAUACCCAUGCCUGCUGUGGUUGUAGACUCUUUACGUAAACCGAAAUUUUAAUUUAGCCAAGAGAAUAUACAAAACAAUCUUGUAGGUUUCUAAGCUUUUCACAGGGAAUCAUUCUCAGUAUGAAGUUGACGUUGGAUCUGAAUUUAAUUUUCUAUUUGUUGGAUUAAAAGGCGAUGUGUCUCAGCAGAAGCCAAAUAUUGAAAACGAAAUAUGCUUCUCAGGGUUACUGAAAUUAGUUGCUAGUACUUGAUAGAACUUGGAAUUUCAGUUAAUUAGUUCUUGCAGUCUGUUUAUUGGGAAAUGCUUGAAAAAGUUAUUUAUUAAUGAACUUCUAUCUUGUAACUUUAGUAUGUAGGCGACUCUCGUCCAUUUUCAGAGGCCUAAAUUUAUAGAGCAGCAUUCACCAUCUUGCUGUAUGGUUUUUCUCUUCUUGUACACGGCCACCCGAGGAGAGGGAGGGGGGGCUUCUUUUCCGUGAAAGCUGCUUUUUCCAUAGUUAAUGAAUCAAUAAUGGUGAAGACGUGUGAUCUUGAAAAGUAGUCCCACAAUGUUUCAGGGUUUUUGGAAUUUUCAAGAACGAAAUUAUGUAUAUCAAAACAGUUUUUUCUCAGUAGUUCUAUGAUUAUUAUUAUUAUUAUUCUGAUUGAUAAUUAUAUCUUAUAGUUUUUUUCGAAAACAAGAUCUGUUGUAGGUCUUAUAAUUUUACCUGUAACUUUAGUUGUCAGCUACUCUUUGAAGAUCAGUCUGAUUUACGUAUCAUUCCCUGCUUUAUUGAUGGAAGUGCGUUUAGAUAAAGCAUUGAACUUUUUUUAUGUGGAUCAGGUAUCAUGUUACCAAUUUUUUCGCACCUAGUAGUCGUUUUGGAACUCCUGAUGAUCUCAAGUCGCUCAUCGACAGAGCUCAUGAGCUUGGAAUCCUUGUUCUCAUGGAUAUUGUUCACAGGUAAAAACUGAUGUCCUUGAAGUUGGGUGCUUGUAAGUUUUGAUUCAUCCUUAUUGUUUUCAUAAAAUGAAAUUCCUGCUCUGCUUCACUCGGGUACCUUUUAGCCAUUGAUGUCAUUAGUUUUUUCAUUGUGCGUAGAUUAAUAGAAAUUCACUAAGAAAAAAGUUCAAUUUACUUUUACAGUUUGAAAGGACAGCCUAAUCGUUUGAAUUCAUCCUUUUGUGCAUCCUUUAUUUUAUAUGGUAAAUUUCCUCCCAAGGAGAGAAGGAUCAAUUGAUGAACCUGUAAUGUUGAUGAUGGUGGAACCAAAUGGUAUACUUUUUUUUAUUUAUGCUACUGGAAUCAUCUGCGAAUUUGAUAUGUUGUAACGCUGAGUUACAGUGUGAACUUAUAAACUGGACAUAGUUAUUAUUUUUUCUGCUAUGAACUGAGUCUUUGAUCUUGCAUAAUUGAGCAUAUGCUAGGUAGUUCCUUUGGUGUAAAUGUUCAGAGAUCUAUUUAUGUCUUCUAACCCCUAAGAAGUUUCAGUUAAUGCGAUAUUUAUGUUCUGUAAUUUUGUUAACCUUGUGUCCAUCUAGCCAUGCAUCAAACAACGUUUUGGACGGGCUGAACUUGUUUGACGGAACAGACACACACUAUUUCCAUGGUGGUUCUCGUGGAUAUCACUGGAUGUGGGAUUCUCGCCUGUUCAACUAUGGAAACUGGGAAGUAAGUUUUCUAUGGAAUGGCUUUGUUUUUUAUUUUAUUUGAUAAGCUUAUGGCGGUUCUCAUCAUGUUAUUGAUGUCCAAUAUUAAAUCACAUAAUUUUUUUGUAGGUCAUGAGGUAUCUUAUUUCAAAUGCAAGAUGGUGGCUUGAUGAGUACAAAUUUGAUGGGUUCCGGUUUGAUGGGGUAACCUCCAUGAUGUAUACUCACCAUGGGUUGCAGGUAAAAACCGUUAUCAAUCAGCACUUGUUGUUCCAUUACAAUUAUUAACAUGAAUAAGAGCAAUUAGAUGUUUGUGGAAAAGACAUUAAUAAAAAUUCUUUUACCGUACCCAAAAGGAUGACACCUAUUGCAUUAGAUAUUCUAUGUUAUUCGUGAUCAUUCAUUUUAUCCUAAGGCUAAGCUACGCCUUUUGACCUCUUUUUGAAAAGGUUGUGGUCCUCUUCAGACCGCGUUAGAUAUCUCUCUCUAUGGCUUUGAGACGCCAUUUCCUUUUUUUCCCCAAAACAAAGGGUUCUAUCCAUUUAAAUUACUAUGGGAUAAUAUCCAAUCUUGUGAAUUAUUGAUUUUCACUGAAUGAUGUUCCUAAUAUCAUGUAUGACUUGAUAUUCCUAUUUGAACUGCUGUAUCAUAAACGUUAGUUCAGGCCCCAUAUGAGGGUCACGUGGCCUUUAAUUUGUCUCCUCCAGUUUGCUUAGAUGCUACUCUGAGGGAAGGGUAUGUAAGCAUCUAUUGAUCUUGCUUCUCUUACUCUGUCUUCCUGUCUACGUCUUGCACCCAGGUUAGUUUCACGGGCAACUACAAUGAAUACUUUGGAUUUGCUACGGACGUGGAUGCUGUGGUGUAUUUGAUGUUGGUAAACGAUCUUAUUCAUGGGCUCUUUCCGGAGGCUGUUACUAUUGGUGAAGAUGUAAGUGUGCAUGAUGAUGGCAUCUUCAUAAUAUAUGCAAGCCCUCCGAUGGAUGUUCGUUUCAUGUUUUUUUUUUUAAUGCCUUACUCUUUUUGUCUUCCAAUAACCAUGGAUGUUUUUCUUUUUGUGUAAAAGGUUAGUGGAAUGCCAACAUUCUGCAUUCCUGUACAAGAUGGGGGUGUUGGGUUUGACUACCGUCUUCACAUGGCUGUAGCUGACAAAUGGAUUGAACUUCUAAAGUAAGCAUACUGAUAAAUAGUUUAAUUGAUUGCAUUAUAUAUUUUGCGGUCUAGCUUACUUAAUGGCUUUUCUAGUAAACAUCCAGAUUCCUAGACGUGUAAGCAGUUGUCAGUUUCCCUGACUGGGCACCUAGUCAUAUAAUCCUAUUGCACAGCAAAUUUUGAUUUAUCCGCCUCUCAACACUUUUUACCUAACACAGGAAAAGUGAUGAGCUUUGGGGAAUGGGUGAAAUUGUUAGCACACUUACAAACAGAAGGUGGCUGGAGAAAUGUGUUGUGUACGCUGAAAGUCACGACCAGGCUCUCGUUGGUGAUAAAACGAUUGCGUUUUGGCUGAUGGACAAGGUUAGUGAAAACGUUUACUCCCCUCGAGCUUGACUCUUUAACAAACGUGAGUGAAACCAAUUGCUUUGCACUCUUGACGUCACAUUUUUCGUUUUUUGCAUUAUUAUUUCAAUGCAGGAUAUGUAUGAUUACAUGAGUUUAGAUAGGCCAUCAACUCCUCAAAUUGAUCGUGGAAUAGCCCUGCAUAAAAUGAUCAGGUUGUUGACAAUGGGAUUAGGAGGAGAAGGGUACCUCAAUUUUAUGGGAAAUGAAUUUGGACACGCCGGUAAAAGACUUAUCAUUGUCAUUGUUGAACUUGUACGAAAUGUUAUCACCCUUGAUUGUGUCAUGCCAUACUAGAAAUUUAACGUAUUUCUGUUUUCUUUUUUUCCUUUUUCUACGUAGAGUGGAUUGACUUUCCAAGGGGAGACCAACAUCUUCCAAAUGGGUCUGUUGUUCCGGGGAAUGACUACAGCUAUGAUAAGUGCCGCCGUAGAUUCGACCUUGUAUGUUUUCCUGGGCUGUUCAUGACUUUAACUUUACCUUUCAGUGCUUAACUCCGAGAUAUCAUCUCUUUACCUUUUUAUAAUAUGCAGUUAAUGCUCUUUAAUAUUUCUCAUGUAAUAAUAAGGAAAACUCUUUAGCAUAGACGUUCAUGAAUUGCACUGCCACUGCAUUUUAGUCGGUGGUAACGUAUGCUUUACGACAGUUGUGGAAUCAGACUUGCAUCAUCGGCCGUUAGGCUCCACGUUGCACUAGAGGAUUUAAAUUCUGUUUCAACUGCUCCGUGUGUGAAUUCAGGGGGAUGCUGACUACUUAAGGUUCCGAGGGAUGCAAGAGUUUGAUCGAGGAAUGCAGCAUCUUGAGGAGAAAUACGGUGUAUGCUCCCUAUACCUCUUUCUUCUAAUUUGAAUUCUUUAUGAGUGACACUGAUACAUCUGUUGGAGUGCAAAAAUCUGCCGAUAAAACAUAUUCUGCGUCUUGUUUCCGAAUGUUUUUUUUUAUGAUAUCAAGAUUUGGGCUGCUGACAUGGGCCUCAAAAAAACUCGUUCUUCUAUCUCCUUAUUGGUGAUAAUCUGUGCAGUUUAUGACUUCAGAGCAUCAGUACAUAUCACGGAAAGAUGAAGGAGACAAAGUAAUCAUAUUUGAGCGAGGAGACCUGGUAUUUGUUUUCAACUUUCACUGGAGCAACAGCUACUUUGACUACAGGGUCGGAUGCGUGAAGGCUGGAAAAUACACGGUGAGCAUUUCUUCCCUCCCGACUUUUUACUUCCAUGUCCAAGUAUUGCACCAAGUUCGUGAAACUUGAUUUUCAUUCGUCACGAACGUUGAUUUCUUUUGUUCAUCGCUGUCGACUAUCACACUAUAUGGAAAGCAAAUCCUAUCUCCUGAACUGCUGUCUGCCAGUUAUCUGCGCAAAAAAAAUGCUCAUGAAAGCUGGGGGAUAUGAUCUUCCAAGGACCAUCUAUCCCCACUCCCUUCUUCUACUCAUCUUCAGACCCACCCACCCACCCAUAUCACUCUCACUCACCCCAAGGCAUUCCAUCCCAUCUAGUUGGAGUUUGCCUUAAUGACGCCGCUCUCUCUCUCUCUCUCUCUCUCUCUCUCUCGCUGCUCCCAGAUUGCUUUAGAUUCUGACGCGGCGCUCUUCGGCGGAUUCGCCCGGAUAGAUCCAGACUCAGAGUACUUCACUUCCGUAAGAACUGCCCUGCCCUCCAAAACUCUCUCUCUCCCCAAGGCUCGUUUUUUCUUCUCAGCAGCAUACACGGGAAACUCACUAAAAAGGCCACCCGUCGUGGAUCCCAUGCAGGAAGGAUGGUACGACGGGAGACCUCGGUCCUUCUCUAUCUACAUACCGAGCAGAACCUGCGUCGUCUACGCCCUGUCGGAGGACUGA